AUGUUGAAAUUCGUCUCAACGAAACCGCCAAGAGGUCGUUCCCCCAGCGGAUCGAUGACCCCAGACCGAGACGUCUUCAUUCGCCAAUUCCCGCCUCCUGAAUCGUCCCCGCGAGUGCCACCGUUGCCACGAGUACCAUCUUCCCCCAAGUUUGGUAGAAGACCGCAGUCCUACACGUAUCCGAGUACCCGAGGCGGGAGCAUCACUUCCAGAUCCAUUCCCCCCAGUUACAAGACCGUGCACACUUCUGGUGGCGGUAACAGUGACUUCCCAUCACGAGACUUCCCAUCACGAGACUUCCCAUCACGAGACUUCCCAUCACGAGACUUCCCGAGACUAGGUGAAGCUUCAUCUGAGUUUAGGUCUUUGAGGUAUCCAGAGCAGUAUUACCAGCAACAUACGAGCAAACAGCAGCAGCAACAGCAACAACAGCAGACACGUCAAUAUCCUCACCCACCUCUUCGGCAAAACCUGGAACCACCCUGGCCAUUCCAAAAUGGAUUUCCUGAUAAAACAACGAUUGCAGCUCGCACAGAACCGAACUCUCACCAAUCCCACCCUGUCAGUGCAGCUUACUCUCACAGUUUAGGCCACCCAGUUUACGACAACAGGUUCAACUAUAAAGCACGUGACAGGUUUUCUUUGAGUGGAGAGUCACAGAAUGAAACGUCUUCUAUUUAUGACACAAAUAAAGCCAGAACUCUACCAAAGAACGCAUACAUACCAAUCAUAAACAGAGACUCCCAGAGUAACCAGAAUCGCGGAGACAGCACAUAUCAGCUCAGAGGUAUCAAAGAAGUCAACUUGGCUAGCCCUGGGUACGUCAGGCAUGUAGCCUUCAGGGAUACAGCCACGCCCAGGCUAGGGUCUGAUUAUGACCUAGCCAGGCCAGUCAUGGAAGCCGGGGAUCGACAAGAGACAUCGCCAGUAGCCGGACCCAAGACAACCCAGUUUAUCGUCGAGGAGUCGCUGACCAAGCGGAGACUGUCGGAAACCUUCAUCCCGCCACCAGCAUCUGGAGCCACGCCAUACACUGUAGAGAGACUGAUCACCGAACCUGGACCUCCCGUCGUCCCAAGAAGACUAAAGCACUGGCAGCCAUCAGAUGCCAAGGUGACUGGUCCUGUCAGACACCGGGAGCUUCCGGUAGCAACACAACAA